AUGGCGGUAGAGGUCUCCUCGCCCGUGUCCGCGCUCGCCGCGUCGCUGCCAUGGCCCCUACGCGUCCUCCUCCCCCUCCUGGUGGCGCUGGUGGGCUACUGCGCCUACAGCUACUUUCUGCACCCACUCGCUCGCUACCCGGGACCGCUCAGUGCUCGUCUUGGGCUGCCCAUCUGGCGCUUCCACCACUGCUGGACGCGCGACUACGCCUUUGCCCUCCACGCCGAGCACAAGCGUCACGGUCCCGUCGUGCGCAUCGGACCUAACCACCUCUCCUUUUCGGACCCGGAAGCCAUCGCCUGCAUCUACUCGGCGUCGGGCGGUCUGUCGUCCAAGUUCGUCAAAACCGCCUUCUACCGCGCCUUCCAGGUCUUCAAGGACUCGCCCUCGAUCUUCUCGGAGCGCAACCCCGAAGUCCACGCCAAGAGGAAGAGGGCAAUCGCCCCGGCCUACAGCAUUGGUGCGCUGGGCCAGCUCGAGGAGUACGUCGAGCUGGUCGCCGACCAGCUAGUCGACCGCAUCGCUACCGACGCCACGCCCAAGGGCGGACCCAUCAAGCUCGACAGGUACUUUUCCUGCCUGGCCAUGGACGUGAUCGGCGAGAUUGCCUUUGGCGAAUCCUUCGGCCUGCUCCAUGGCGACAUCAACGACGCGCAGAGGUCGCACUUUUUCGCCGGCGUGCUGAACCUGUCGCAGUGGGGCGCCAUCGCUGGCUGCCUCCCUUGGAUCUCUCACCUGAUCCUCAAGGCUAUGCCGCGCAUCACUGGUGAGCCCGGCGGCUGGGUCAUUGGCGCGGCCACCAAGUCCCGCAUCGACAAGCGCUACGAGGACGAAAGGACCGGUCUGUCAUCGGCGCGUCCCGACAUGCUCUCCAAGUUCAUGGCGGCCAAGCAUCCGGACUCGCGCAAGCAGUACAGCCAGCGCGAAGUGCUCUUCACCGCCACCUCGGUGAUCGCUGCGGGCGCCGACACCACCUCGACUACGCUGUCCAUCUUCUUCGGCUACCUCGCCGCCCACCCCGAGUGCUAUGCCAAAUUGCAGGCCGAGGUCGACGCCGCGUGGCAGGACGGGACCUUGACGAGCCCGAUCAAGUACAAGGAGGCGGUAGAGCUGCCUUACCUGCAGGCCUGCCUCAAGGAGGUGCUCCGUCUCCACCCGCCGAUUUCGAUGGACCUGCCGCGCUGCGUUCCUCCCGGUGGCGCCAUGAUCGCUGGCCGCUUCAUUCCUGAAGGCACCACGGUCGGCAUGUCGCCCUACGUCGUGCACCACAACCCGGACGCCUUCGGUCAGGACUGCGACGCGUUCCGACCGGAGCGCUGGAUCGAUGCGACCGACGACGAGAAAAAGAGGAUGGACAGGUACAACCUCACCUUUGGCGGCGGCUCGAGGACGUGCAUCGGCAAGAACAUCUCGCUCAUGGAGGUCUCCAAGAUUGUGCCCGAGCUCGUCACGCGCUUCAGCUUCAAGGUGCCCGGCUACAAGGCGCUCGAAAAGGGCAAGGUGCCGUUCGAGAGGAAGAGCGCCUGGUUCCUCGAGGCUCAUGAUCUCGUCCUCGAAGUGACGCCGCGCAGCUGA